GUGUCGUGACACUACGAGUGUGGCAUCUAUUCUAUCGGAGGCACUUGAUUAAAUGGUUUGCGGCCGUCGUGUUCAUCGGUUCCAUGAUAGGAACUGCAAUUGUCGGUGGCGUCAGUUUUGACGCCGUCAAGAGUGCUUACGAGAUCACCAACUCGUCCGUGAAUUCGAACGACAGACCUCCAGUGAUAUUCGCAAUCUACUUGCCAUCCUUGAUCGUUCAUACGGUCAUGUUCUCACUAACCAUGUAUCGCUUUAAAGCCAGCUCAGGUGCUUUGCAAGAACAUGGGAUUAUUCACCGGUUCUUAAAAGAAGGGAUGUUUAUGUAUGCUUUUGCUGCGGGAACGCUGCUGUACGAAAUUAUCUGCCUUUCUAUGACUGAACUAGAUCACAUAUCUGUCUACUAUCCAGCCCUUGGGGGAGGAUUGGCAGUAGGGACCACAGUCGUCUCCGUCUGUCGCGCGAUGCUGAGCAUUCGCUCAUUGGCUGCAACUCACCAUGUCGAUCCUGCAUGGUUGCUUAACCACGCAGAACUCAGCCGUGUUCAGUGGAGGAGAGGAACCAGUGAAGGGGAAAUCUAUGUCGAAGUUGAUGAGAUGGACGUUUUUCCUCCGAGUCUCUGACUUCUGCAGGGAAUAUAUGGGCAAAGGCGAUAUAAAAACACGAAUAUAAUCCAUAUGCUAUUUCUUGAUCUAACAUACAAAACAAGACCUUAGGUCGCUAUAAAUUUGUGCCACACUCAAUGCAUCACCUAAUGCCUAUCUCGUUCUGUAAGCCAGUUGGCGCGAGUGAGGUGAGAGACAAGGCUGUGAUGUUGA